UACCCAGCUGUCAGCUGAGCCCCAAGCGGCGGGGCGCACCCGGGUUUGUUUGCCAAGCCCGAGUGUUGGAGCUUCCUGGACCCUCCUGCCCUGGAAGGGAGGGGGUCGGUGCCGCAGCAGGCCAGGUGGCAUUUCCGGCGGAGAAGGGACAGAAUCCCAGGGUGCCCAUCCCACGCAGGUCCACUGCCUCAGUUCCUCAGGUCUCACGGCACUCUCCUCGUCUCAGGCCCGGAGGCAGUCCAGUGGGGGUCACUGGGCAAGGGGCAGAGCCGGGCGGGGCGGUGCACAGCCAGCAGAGGAACGACAGGACGCCGGGUACUCCCUCCCUCACCCACCGCCCCCCACCCGCACCCAGGCCCGAUGCAGAUAUGGAAGGGCGUCGCUGGCCCUAGGGCAGGGAGGUAGCUGCCCCCAGUGGAAAGAGGCGCUCGGACCCCGAGCACCCAGGGCAGGGCCCGGACCUCCUGACCCCGCCCCCGGGGAGGCCAUCUCAUUUUCAUGGCCCCGCCCGAGAGCGGCCAUUGGUAGCUGCGGCGGGAGGCCGGGCCUGAGUGGCUGCGGGGCUGUGGGGCGGCGGGGGCGGUGCGGUGCGGAGCAGGGCGCCGGGGAGGUAGCUGCAGCCGCCGCGGGACAGUUUCGGCUUAGGGUCUGGGUCUGGCUCCGAGGGCGCGGGGAGCAGGGUGUCCUGGGGCGCGGCGGCUGCAGCGGGAGCGUACUGAGCGCCCGCCAGCCCGCCUGUCAUGUCCAGGAAAAAGACCCCCAAGAGCAAGGGGGGUAGCGCGCCCGCUACCUCCGCACUGCCCGCCACCCACGGGUCCCGGCCCGUGCGCCCCGGGACUGCGCGCCCUGGCCCCGACGCACCUCCCAACGGGCCCCCGCAGCCCGGCCGGUCUUCGCUUGGCGGCGGCGGCGACUUCUACGACGUCGCCUUCAAGGUCAUGCUGGUGGGAGACUCAGGCGUGGGGAAGACCUGCUUACUUGUGCGCUUUAAGGAUGGGGCUUUCCUGGCAGGGACCUUCAUCUCCACUGUGGGCAUCGACUUCCGGGUAAGAGUGGAGGCUGAUGUCCCGAGCACUAACUGGGCCCAACUGGGCCCAGCCCAUGCCCUGGGCCCCCAACACCAGCUAAUAGCUGCUCAGAACACCCCUGGGCAGCUGGUUCUCCAUUAUCUCUGUGGCACUGACAGGCUCAUGAGGUGGAGCUCCUGGCUGGACCACCUGGCUCCCACGGUCAAGGUGGUUGAGGUGGGAUGCCUUAACCACCAAACUGCCUGCCUCCCGACAUCUCAAGGUCCUGGAGAGAGGUGGUGGCUGUAUACAAUCGAAGCAGAGUGGUACCCCUGUGCCUGGGGUUGGCACAACCCUGGGGGCUGUAUCUUGUGCAUUGGGGGCGGUGGAUGCUGGUGUCCCCAUGGGAACUCAAGACCCGUGUCCACUCAGGAGGCCAGCAUCGCUGCCCGACUGUACAGAGGGGCCCUGAGGUGCCAGGUGGCCUGCCCAGUCCGUACCAGACAGAUGGCUGUGGCACUGAAGCACACACCCGGUCUCAGAGCCAGGGAGAAGUCCCUGCCCUUGGGUUAGGAGGCUUACGGGAAAUGUUCCCACCUGGCUGCUUUCCCUGGCGGAGCCCCCUCACCACCUCACCCCCGGCUAGAGGGCUAUGUCCUGGGGUCCUUCUGGGGGAGGCCCCUGUACUCUUGACUCCCCAAGAGCCCUCCAGCACCCCAAGCAGCCUGUGGGGUCACAGGGGAAUGAUGGGGGCCACAGCCUUAGGCCUGCAGGGCUCAGGCAUCAGUCUAAAUUCCACGUGCUGAGGUGAUGUGUUCUCAGCAAAUCCCAAAUUUGCAUUUUUCUCACCCUUUAAUUAGACCCAGUCAGCAGAAAGCUGGCAGGGAGGCCCCUUCUGGGGACUGGGAAGGGGGGGCUCCCUCCAGUCUGGGGAGCCAUUCUCUACCCUGUCUGUGGGGGCAGAGCCCCUCAAGUCCUCUGGGAUGAAGUAAGGGUUGAGGUGACAGAAGGGGGAGGUUUAGGCCCAGUCCUCUGCCUGUUCUGGCCUCACCUCCCCCCUUCUCACCUCCCUCUUGGCUCUGGGGCAGGUGGUGAGGCUGUGUGGUUCGCACCCCUGUUCAGGGUGCCAGGGAAGGCGGGAUGUCCUCCCCAGGCUCCCUGCAGCGGGGCAGAUGGCUGCACCCAGUUCCCUGGAGACCCAGAAGCACCCUGACAGCAGGCACUGGGUGAAGAGGGAGGUGGUGCUGUUUCCACCGCCCGGGGCCUCAGCUGCUGGUUAGCAGCUCCUGUCCCCACCCCAGCAGAUAGGAACCGGAGUUGAGCCACUCCCUGCUCUAGUCCUGAACUGGGAGGGCCUGGCUAGGGAGCAUCAUCAGCCAGCAAGCAAGCACAUAAUGAGCACCCACUGUGUACCAGGCCAAGUUCUGGGCUCUGUGCUUACUGCAUGGAGCCCUAUCCUCAGGCAGCUGCCGUCGGAGCGGGAAGAGAGGCUUUCAAAUUACAACAAACGCUUUAGCUCGUACCAGGCCAGACUCAUUUCUCAGUGCUUUGCAUAUAGUAGCUCAUAAAGUAAUCGGGGCAGCCAUGUGAUGAGCACCCGGGCUACCCCCAUUUGUGGCUGGGGAAACUGAGGCACAGUGUUAGUAAUGGGCCUGGGGUCACACGGUGGGUGACUUCAAGUAAGUCCUGCAAGUGGCUCUGAGCAAAAGGAGCAGUGUGUGCAGAGCUGUGAGAAGUGCUGGUGGCCUAGGAGAGGGGGCUGGAGCAGGGCCUUGAGACCUAGGAGCAGAGUGCAGGGAGGAGGCGUGCAGUGUGAAGCUGAACAGGCAAGUAGGCUCGGGGAAGCCACCGGGGCUGGACACCAGGGGGAGGAGGUCAGCUGGGGUAAAGGAGAGAGAGGGGACGGGCUGGGUGCAGAGCAACAGGACUCAGUGAGUGACUGGGGUGGGUGGUGACCGGGGGCCCUCCAGGGCAGGGAGCUGGUGGGGCUGUGUGUCAGCCCUCCAGGAUGGGCAGAGGAAGAACCACCUGGCCCAGAAUGGACACAGCUGGCCAUGGAGGGCGGCAACCUUCCAGUCCAUCAGGACAGCCAGCUGAGCGGGGGCAGCCUGGGCACCCUCUGUGCACGGGUCACCAGGAGGGGCUCAGCAGCAGGAGGUGUAGGAGGUAUGGGGGAGAGCUGGGUGGACACCAGGACUUGGAUUCAAGGGGAAGCUUUAUCUGUAGGUAGAGGGCAGUGAGGUAGUCGGACGAGAACAAGGUGUGCCCUGGAGGCAGAGCCAGCUGAGGCCCGGGAUAAUGAAUUCAGGGACACACCGGGGGCCCCUCAGUCCCAGGCUCAGUCCUGGCCUGGCACUGCCUGCCUCUCCCCCCCCAUCCACCGCCUCCCCCCCACCCCCGCCGGAGGGUGGCACCGGUCUAGCUGCUGCCUAGGAUGGUGCACUCGGCCCUGGGCCCUCCUUGGAGCU